GUACGUCUCGCUAGACUUAAACGUCAAUCUGGAUUUUGAGCAAUUGUUUUUUUGAGGCCAUGAAAUUCCAGAACAUUUGGCGCUCCCUGGGCGCAGUCGGCGGCGGCUCCUUGGCCACUUACGUUAGCCUCAAGCUGUUCGAGCGCAACGAGACGCGGGAAGCCCACCACGAGAAACAGCAGUUGGUGGGCAGAGGUGGCUGGUGUCACGACUGGGAUCAGCGCCAGCUCGUGCAGCAGAAGCUCUCGAACGAGUCGAGCACUGAGCACGCGCAGGAGCCGGAGGCGGUUGCCCUGCGACACAUUGUGCUGGUGCGGCACGGCGAGUAUAAUUCCACACCGGAAGGCGGACGCCUGACCGAACUGGGGCGACUGCAGGCGCAUCGCACGGGCCAACGGCUGCACGAGAUGGGCGUGAAGUGGGAUCAUGUGGUGGCGUCGACCAUGUCGCGCGCCCAGGAGACGGCCAUGAUCAUACUGAAGCAGAUUAACUUCGAUCCGCUCAAGAUGAAGCGCUGCGAGCUGCUGCCCGAGGGCACGCCCUGCCCAGGGGAUCCGCCCCUGAAUCGCAGCGCUGCCAGCGUGGAGCGCGCCUUUCGCCGCGAUGGGCCACGCAUCGAGGCGGCCUUUCGCCGCUACUUCUUUCGCGCCUCACCAGAGCAGAAGCAGGACUCCUACCUGCUGAUCGUUGGCCAUGCGAAUGUCAUACGCUAUUUGGUCUGUCGCGCCCUGCAGUUCUCACCGGAGGCCUGGACACGCUUCACUCUGAACCAUGGCUCCAUCACCUGGCUGACCGUCUGGCCCUCGGGCUAUGUCACGCUCCGUUGUCUGGGCGACACCGGCUUCAUGUCCGUCGACGAGCUGACACACCGUACACUAAAGCAGAAAGUUAAGUAAGGCAGAGCAACAAAUUUCUGCAGUUACUGGUUUUUACACUCAGACCUACA